AUGCUUGUCAUUCCGGAAUCAUUGAAAGAGCUUCAACUUCGAUUCACUUGUCCCGAGUUGAGCAGCUCUUGGAUUGAAUACAUAUUCUACUAUCUUGGCGAAGACCCCUUUGAAACGCAGGCUUGGCUUCAGAAGCACAUUUUGAUUCAAUCGGUGGUCACGCAACUUUAUGUCUAUCAAGAUGUUGCAAAAAUUGAAGGUGAUUUUGACGAGCAGCAAAAAUAUGAAAAUUCAAUAAAUCGAUUGGUUAGAUUUCGAAACAUCACAUUGAACAACCUGGAAAAGCUUCACCAAUCCCAACUGAUCUUUGACCUUAACCAUUUCACAGUUAGUGGAGCCGUAGAGUUUGUUCGGGAUAUUUCAAGAGCUAUGGAGAAAAGAUUGAUGGAUAGUGAUGAAGGUACUACAAGCUGUGAUAUGACACUCAUCACUUUCAUCGAACAGGAAAAACCACCAGAGAAAAAAAUCCAGAAGAAAAUCGAAACUCCAGAAUGGUUCACCAUCCUCACCUGGACCCUCAUCCCGAAUGUUGGCUUACCAGAAAUCAGUGAAAUGGAAAUGCUAGCGAUCAAUGAGCUCUUCCGAAAGGAAGAGGACUCACAGAAAUGGAUAGAGGACUUCAAUGAGAUAACCCCAUUGCUACCCGUAGAAGCUAUCCGUGCGACAUUCUACAACCGUAGUAGUCAGUACGGAGUGGGAUACCAUUGGGUACGGCACCUGUAUUAUGUGUUCGAAAGGGACAUGAAGACUACAGUAGCAAGAUUACGGUGGGAUAUUGUGCAUCGAUUGUUGAUUCAGCAUCACUAUGAAUUUCAAACAAAUCUUCGCGGGCAUGAUUUCCAAGAAAGACAAGAAAAGAUCAAUGACCUUGCCCGUCGGAGAAACUUCUCACUGGAUCAGCUGGAGAAGGUUCCGAAGACUCAGCUAAAAUUCGAUCUUCAUUUUUUCCGAGUUGAUGGAGCUCUUGAAUACGUGGAUGACGUCAUUGAGUCGAUUGAAUCUAGUAAAACAAUUUUAGCGAAUGCGAGCUUAGAUAUCACAUUGUUCACUGGUCACGGAGAUCACUCGCCAAAUAAUGAUCCGGCGAUUCGAAGAAAGCUUCUGGAAGAGUAUCACGGAAGGAUUAGAGAGGAUCCGAAAAUUCGUGGAGCGUUGAUUCUUCAUUUCGAUAAGAAAACGGAAAAUUCGAUUUCCUGCUCCCAGUGA